GAUCAUUUUGCAAUCUUUUCCUACUUACUACAGCUUCUAACGUGAUCAAUGCCUGCCACGUAGGAACCAGAAGCUUCAUUAUUUCAAUCCUGUUCCUGUUUAACCACCCUGAAACCUCAUUCAACUAUUUUUUUAUAUUGUUUGUCCCCUUGAGUUGAUAGUUUCAGAUCACCAGAAUGACGCUGUGGGCUAAGACCCAACAGCUUCCUGAAGAAGCACAGUUUAAGGUUAAAGCUGCUUACAGAGAGCACCAGUUUCCUAUAGAAGUUCGUCACUACAUGGCUGCAUGGAUUGAGGAUAAAAUGCAACAAUGGAGUGAAGUGGACAUCAGUAAUGCUGCCAAUGUUCAACUCGCCCAAGCCCUCAUGUCAGAACUGCUGCAGGAAAUUGAGUGCAAGCUCAAACACGAGCAGGACUUCCCCAAGAGGACACGACUGGAGGAUGCCGUGUUGCACUUCACUGCGCAGUACUCCAACAACCCUCUUGCCCUCAUCUCCAUCAUGAGAACAUGCCUCAACAUUGAGCUCAACCUUGUGCGCCAGCAUGAGAUGAACGGAGGUGCAGCACUCCCCCCAGCAGGAGGCUCCCCCGGUGUUCCCACCAAGGGUACCCACGAGGAGAUCAUGGAGCAGCUUGCCGCCCUAACCCAGCGCACCAACGACACCGCCAAUGACGUCAGGUUCCUGGAGCAGGAGCAGGAGAGCUUCUGCCUGCACUACCACAACUGCGCCAAGACUAAGGCACAGCUGGCACACCUCAGCAGCCAGCUGCCCAUGACGGCACUGUUGCAGGACACGGUGAGGAAGCUGGAGCGUCAAAAGCAGUCGGAGGAACAGGACCUCAGCACCAAGGUGAACGGUCUGAUCCAGAAGCGGAUGGCGUUGGUGCAGAAGCUGCAAGGGACGCUGGACGCGCUGACGGGGCUGCAGCAGCGCGUGCUGGACCACGAGCUCAUCAGCUGGAAGAGAGAGCAGCAGAUGGCGGGCAACGGCAAGCCCUUUGAUGAGAACAGACUCAACCUUAUACAGGAGUGGUGCGAGCACCUGGCUGAGAUCAUCUGGCAGACGCGUCACCAGAUCAAGGAGUGCGAGCGCCAGUGCAGGAAGCUGCCCCUCUCCCCCACGGGGGGCGUCGACCUCCUGCCCUCCCUCGACCAGCACGUCACGCGCCUCCUGUCCUCCCUUGUCACCAGCACGUUCAUCAUCGAGAAGGAGCCGACGCAGGUGCUGAAGACCAACACUAAGUUCCAGGCCACCGUCCGCCUCCUGGUGGGGGGCAAGCUCAACGUGUAUAUGACCCCUCCACAGGUGAGCGUGUCCAUCAUCAACGAGCAGCAGGCGAACAUGUUGCUCAAGAAUGACCUCAUGGGCAAGGACGAGCAGAGCGGCGAGAUCCUGAACUGCACCGGCACCAUGGAGUAUACCCAGACCACACGGCAGCUGUCUGUCAGCUUCCGCAACAUGCAGCUGCGUAAGAUCAAGCGCGCUGAGAAGAAAGGCACCGAGUGCGUCAUGGACGAGAAGUUUGCGCUGCUCUUCCAGUCACAGUUCAGCGUGGGAGGCGGCGAGCUGGUCUUCCAGGUAUGGACACUGUCGCUGCCGGUGGUGGUGAUAGUGCACGGCAACCAGGAGCCCCACGCCUGGGCCACCAUCCUGUGGGACAACGCCUUCAGCGAGCAGGGGCGCGUCCUCUUCACCGUACCCGACAAGUAUAAAUUGAACCCCGACCUGAGCGACUACUCCGGCAUGAGUCUGAGCUGGGCUCAGUUCUGCAAAGAACCUCUGCCUCUACAGGACCGCAACUUCACCUUCUGGGAGUGGUUCUUCCAGAUCAGGAAGGUCAGGCUAGGAGUGGUUCUUAGGCGCCCUGUUGCAGUUUACAGUCUCGUAGGCGUGGUUGGUUGUUGGACUUUCUUCCUCCAAACUCCUCCUUCUGGUCUUGAUAUAGACAUGCGGGACGUGUUCAUGCUCCAGCCCUUCACCUCCAAAGACUUCUCCAUCCGCUCCCUGGCUGACCGCAUCUCCGACCUGGAGUACCUCAACUACCUGUACCCCAACAUACCCAAAGACAAGGCGUUCUCGCGCUACUACACACCGGCGGGCGACUGCACGCGCCCCCUUAACGGAUACGUGCGAGCCAACGUCGUCACCCACGUGCCUGGGUUUCCUCGUCACGGGGGCAUGGGGGACUGGAGCUCCCCCAGCACACCGGCCCCCGUGGGCUCCCCUCCCCCCCACCCCGGGGGUGCGGCCACCGACCAAACAUCUGGUCUACAGAUGCAACUACCACCCGGAGUCUUCACUGACCAGGAAUUUCUAGAAACAAUCGACGGUCUUCCUGAUGAAGACUUCAGCGACAUCCCCAUCGACUUCCUCAACGCAAUAAACUUCAACGGCAACAACUUCAACAUGGACAUCCAGUAACGAGAGCUUCCCAGAGCCACAGUCUUCGUCGAAUUUCAUGGUUUUGACAAUAAGACAGUUUGCGAGCGUCUUAUAGGUUGUUGAUGAGGGCACUUUAAUGUUAAAGUUACUUGUGGUCAAUCAACGGAAAUGAGUCUCUCAUUUUCAAGUUACCAAACAUGUUAUGUGACCUUGUGCCUAGCAUUGAAUGUUGCAAGGUUCGUUACUCAUAUUUUGUCUUAAGAAUGAAAAGAUUUUCGGCUUCUAUUUCAGUACCAAGCAUAUCUCGUAAAUUUUUAAUUAUUAACAAUUAGAAUUGAUAAUUCUCUGGAGAGUUGCUUUCUGUCUCGUUGCUAUGCAGGAUAUACAGAGCUAAGCAUGACUAUCACAGAUUUUAAUUACUGUUGCAACAAUCAUUUUUAUCGAAAAGAUUUUAAUGACGGUAUUUUUGCGUCUAUAUGGCACCGAAAUGGAUUUAGAUAAAGAAACAACGGUAGGGACUGAUGUCCAUCUGCUUGACUGGAUGAUUUGAACCCAAAUCACUUGACUUUUGUUGAGAAGAAUAGUUCAUUGUUUGUUGUACAGAUGCUAGGCUAAUUAUUGAUAAGAUGUCGAGUUAUUGUACCGCCAGAACAUAUAUUGUAUUGUUGGAAUCCGAAUUGUAUUGCUAGAAAGCUAACUGUAUCGCUAGCACGUAAAUUAUAUCGCAUUAACAUUUCCUAGCAAACACACGUCGAAACUUUCUCGUCCCGCCGCGUGUUGGGCAUCACUGCCUUGGGUGCAAGAGGAAUGCUUUGUGCUGGAGGAAUGAGUCAUGGGUGAGGCGUGGUAUGCUGGAGGAACGAGGCGUGGUGUAAUGGAGGAAUGAGGCGUGAUGUGCUGGAGGAAUGAGUCAUGGGUGAGGGGUUGUGUGCUGGAGGAACGAGGCGUGGUAUGCUGGAGGAACGAGGCGUGGUAUAAUGGAGGAAUGAGGCGUGAUGUGCUGGAGGAAUGAGUCAUGGGUGAGGGGUUGUGUGCUGGAGG